AUGGCCUCGCUACAAAAUGUUGCGCCCAGGUGAGUUCACGAUUAAUAGAAAAGUAGCAGUUGUAUAUAGGCAUAUCAGUGGUGCCCAUUGUUGACAUACCCGAUGGUGGGCAAACCAGGAAACAUUGUUUCCUAUACCAUGUUUACCGAAGCUAUAUAAUCCAAGAAACAUUUCCUAGCCAUGUUUCUCAAAGAUGGCCAAACCAGAAAACAUUGUUUCCUAGCCGUGAAUCUCGAAGGUGGACAAACCAGGAAACACUGUUUCCCAGCCAUGUUUCCCGAAGAUGUACUAAGAAACACUGUUUUCUAACCCUGUUUUCUAACCCUGUUUUCCAAAGAUGGGCAAACCAGGAAACAUUGUUUCCUAGCCAUGUUUCUCAAUGGUGGGCAAACCAAGAAACAUUGUUUCCUAGCCAUGUUUCCCAAUGGUGGGCAAACCAGGAAACAUUGUUUCCUAGCCAUGUUUCCUGAAGGUGAGCAAACCAGGAAACAUUAUUUCCUAGUAAUAAUCCCAUAACAUAUAAUCACACUCGGGAAACAUAAUUUGUUUCUAAACUUGUGGGAAGGCAUCUUUGCUAACUGUGAAGCAAAAAUUUGUUUCCGAAAAGCAUUGUUUUUAAGGGUGGGACAAACAGAAAUCUUGUUUUCCAAUUGUGAUUUUUGUUACGGGAAUAAUGUGGUUAGUAAUAAGAAUUUAAUGAAAACUAGGUUGCUCAUUGACUCUUUUUGAUCCAUUUGUAGCAAAUAUCCAGGGUACAAAAUCAACAAGUUAGAGCUCGCUCAGAGUUCAACUCCGACUCAAGCAAGCCGCUUAUUGGUUGACCUCGAUCUAACUGUUGAUGCCUUGGACUACAUUGAGAGAUUCAACGAAUAUCUAUGGGUGUAUUACUAUGAAAACCAACUUGAAUUUUGCCGACCGCCAGGCUAUCAAUGGGAUCGGGAAGUAACUCUGAGUUUUGUGUUUUUGAGUGAUUGCUCGAGAAAUGAUCAUCCCUGGGGGUUAUAUUUUAUUGCAAAUAUUAUUGAGCUAUUGCAGAGGUCACUCGAAGUUAAUUUUAGGCUCCUAAUGACGGCAUGCGACGAACAACAACGUCGGAGUUACGAAGCAAGACUUCGAAGCUCGGACAUAGAUCGGAGUGAGGUCGUGUUACUAGAGGGAGUGGACAAGAGGUCACGUGCAAUGAAAGCUGUGCUGUCAUUGGUGGAAAAUGAUAGUAUCGUCGUGCUGUGUGAAUCCCGUGUGAAAAUGCCGGCAGGGAUUGCUGAGGAAAUUCGUAAGGUACGCACGUAAAAAAUCUCACAACUUGUCAACAAGAUGUGUUCGCAACAGACUUGCAGCAAGCUUGUCAACAAGUUGUAACAACACUCUUAUUUUAUCAAGUUGCUACAAGGUUGUCUUAAUUAUUCUUUGGAUAUUUGGGACUUUUUUCGGCAUAUAGGCCUUACUGCCCCUCCCCCCCCCCCGCCCCUCCUCCCAGGUGAAAAAAUCCUGCGUACGGCUCUGGUUGUCACUGACAACUUAUAUAGGGACCUUAAGCAGCCAAAACAAAUUUCUUGACUUCAAAUAAAUUCUUGCGAAGAAGAGUUGUUGUGUAUUAUCCAAUGCAUGUAUAUAUGAAUUGAGUUCAGUUUGAAGAGAUUAAAACAAAGACUUUAUGGUUAAGAACGCUUCUGCUGAGUAAAUUUGUAGUUUCACUUGUCGCGUCUUGACAUGUUUGCGUUGUACACGAGACGUGAAAAUCUCUAGUUUGCCGUUGUAAAAAGGCCCGCAUAACACAACGUCUCUAACUCCCGUGAGGUGAGAUCUCUCGUGUACGAGAUCAGGAAUAUCAUUGUGUGAAUAGCCGUCGUCGUCGCGUUGCCGUCCUGUUUGCUUAAGGUCCCUAAUUGCAGGACGAUAACGAGUUGUUGGAACAGGGCCGUUCCUAGCACGAUAAUUGGAGGGGGUAUAUUCAUAUAUUCGUGUUCUUAUGGUAUGUGAACAUGAAUAUAUGAAUAUACACCACCCCUUCCCCCAAUUAUCGCGUCUAGGAACGGUCCUGUGUUGGAAUAACUUUUAACAAGUCUGUUGAACUCAACAACCUUGUAUGAACACAUUCAACUGACGCGUAAUUUUAGAGUUUACCACAAAAUUUACCACAAAAUAGUGGUUAAAAUGUAGUGCGGAGUUUUAUGCAAUCGGCCCCAAAAAGCCCCAAAACAAAAUGAAAUUGGAACAUAGUUUCUGUUCUGUAUUCGUAAAAAUCUGAGGAAAACCAUGCUUUAUUGCUUCUCUUUUCAGUCCGUGAGAGGGCUAAAAGAAAAUUAUUCAAAUGAAAAUCGUUUGCGUGUAUGUCCCAAGGGAAAGUUUGGAAUCUUAAUUAAUUUUAAACGAAAGAAAUUUGCAUAUUUUGUAAUUGAACUGCAAGACAGCUUGGUCAUAUGUUAUGCUUGCUGGCAUGGUACAGGGUUUUUAUUGUAAAAUUUUGGACAAGCUUUGAUUUAGAAAGAGGGUUUCUUUACCAGAAUCUGGAAAAUAGGUCACAGAGUUUAUUAAAACAACGACAGACGUAUAGUAUGAGGUAAAACGGGGGAAGAAUUCAAACUUCAUUGAAAGACUGACUGUUAAUUCACGUGGUAUGCUACUGGUAUAUUUCAAAACACAAUUAGCCGUUUUCACAUUAGAAGACGGACAAGUCGUCUAGACGAACAAAUCGUCUCAAAAUCGUCUUUUAGUCAGACAAACUUUUAGAUGAACAAGUCGUCUGAAUUUGUUCGACUGCUUGUCCGUCUGUGAAGACGAUUUUUGAGAGACGAUUUGUUCGUCUAGACGACUUGUUCGUCUCUAAUGUGAAUAGGGCUAUUGAUUAAUUUUUAUCGGCAAGUUCGCUUAAUUCAUGCUUGUGUGUCAUAUUGAAAUAUCGUACCGGUUAGAAUCUGAAUGCGUCAGCACUCUACUGAACAUACAAGUGCAUAAAAGCUUGACAUAAGUAAAUUGACAUAAAGUGAAGAUACUGCUUUAAGGCCCUGUCACACUAUUGCGUAUGAGAGAAACGUAUGAGAAGCGUAUAAAAAUUAAUGAAAUAAUUUUCAUACGCACAAAAUUCCUUUGAAAUGCCAGCGUAUGAGUACCGUACAUCUGGCGUACCUCUAGCGUAUUCAGCGUGUGCCUAGAGUAUGCUUAUCGUAUAAAGCAUACGUCCGAUACGCACAAAAUUUUUGAGCAUGCUUAAAAAAGAAUUUCGCCUUGCCGUAUGCCAGCGUAUGCCACCGUAUGCGACCGUGCUUGACACGUAUACAAUCUAUGCCUAACGUACCCCUAGCGUAUGUCAGCGUAUACCGGCGUAUGAGUGAUAUUUUUCAUACGCUGGCAUACGCUAGUACGAUACGCAAUAGUGUGACAGGGCUUGUUCCAAACUUGUUUGAACAACUGGGAACAAGCAGUGCGAACACAACUUGUCGACAGCUUAGGGAUAGAUUUGUAACAACUUGUUUGCAGACCUGGAACAACUUAUGCGUUCUUACGUAUGUAGUUGGGUCCCCAGGCUUGAGCUAGCCGGGCGCCCAAAGGAAUUACGCCACUGAUUGAAAGAAGCUCGAUCUCGACAUUUUGACCUCUUUGCGAAACUGACAUCCUUCAACGUACGUCCUGUAGUAAAACUAUUUAUCCUUAUAUAAUAUUUUCUAGCAUACAUUCAAGAUAGUCAUGGCUUAUUCACCAAUACCUUAUCAACUUGACUGUGGAUAUUUUCCAGAGGGCGCGCAAGUAAAGGGAAACUGGUGUCCAAAGUGUGAUGGAGUGACUGCAAUCUACAAAGAAGACUGGGAACAAAUAUUGUCUUUUCAUGAUA